ACAACAAUGAGGUCAAACAGGAAGUGAACCCAAAGACCAAGAGGUCGGGGGUGAUGGGGGUGAUGCAGCAGGUCAAUCCCUUCAAGUCCACCUCACAGCUUCCCUCCCGAGUCAACAAGGCUCCGUCGUGUGAGUCACUGGAGCCGGAACCCGACUCCACUCAGGGCGCCGGCGGGCUGAAGGUCGUCCUGCAGAAGGUCAACCCGUUCAGAUCCAGCUCCCAGGUUCCUCGAGCUCCGUCUGCUGAGUCCCUGGAGCGAGUCCCCCAAGCCAAUCAGAAUCCUGGUGUGUUGAAAGGAGUUAUGAACAAAGUCAACCCCUUCAAGUCUUCAGCUCAGACGCCACACACUGAUCCUCAGGUCGACGGCUCCGAUCCACCAGCCACUGGAAGAGAAGUUCAGACCAAACAGAAUCCAGGGAUGAUUUCAGGAGUGAUGCAGAAAGUGAAUCCCUUCAAAUCCUCACAGCCAAAGGAACCUCUUCACGGCGAACUCUCCUCCAGCAGCGGAAGCUUAACGGACACUCACAACUUACCAGAGAAACAGAACCCAGGGAAGUUCAAGGGGAUGAUGCAGAUGGUGAACCCCUUCAAGUCCCACUCACAGCCGGUGGACGAGAGCGACUCGCUGGUUCCGGCCGGACCCUCGUCCCUGAAGACCCAGGAGCAUCGGGAUCUUCACAGCGACCACUCGUCCAGCUCUGAGAGCCUGGAGGACGGAACCAUAGAGAGACAUUCUGUUUGGUACGUCGACUCCGACGCCACCGGGGAGGUGACAAGUGAACCUGUGAAGGCGCCAAAGAAAAGAACUAUGACUUUCAGAAUAAAGAGGAUUCUGCCCGGUGCUUUGUUUGGAUCAAAGGAUUCAUCAUCCGACUCUCAGGCCUUAAUGGAGGAGGUCGUGGAAGUCCAGACUCUAGAAAUGGCCGAGGUACCGGUUCCCGGCGAAGGAGCAGCCGUGGACCCGCUGGACGAUGAAGACGGCCUUCUGGAGUGGUGGAGAACAGUGGAAGGGUGGGAGGAGUGGAAUGCAGCAAACCAGAAUGAGGAAGCUGAAGAAGUCGUGGAAGAAGCAGCCGAUCGUGUCUUCAUGGCCGCUCGUCUCUUCGUCCGCUUCUUCAACCAGCGCGGCGCCUCGCUGCAGCAGCGUGUCCUGGAGCUCCUGGGUUUGGCCGAUGCAGCCGACAGCUUCCACAAGAAAACCGUCACGGCCAGCGUCGGCGGGGGGGUGGCCAGCGUGGCCGGGUCCAUCACCACCAUCACGGGCCUCAUCCUGGCGCCCUUCACUGCGGGAACCUCCCUCAUCGUCACGGCUGUGGGAAUCGGCAUCGCUACGGCGGGCGGCGUGGCGUCUGCUUCGGCCAACAUCACGGACACGGUGCAUUCGAAGACGGACCGCAAGAAGGUGGAGAAGAUGAUCCAGGACUACGAGGGGGAGAUGAAGGACAUCAAGGAGUGCCUGGAGUUUCUGGAGGAGGGGAUGGAGACGCUGGAGGAGUGGGACUUUGAAAAAUUCACGGAAAGCAUCUCCAAAAAACACCUGAACCAGAACGUGAAACACGUGAUGAAGGAGGGCGGCCGAGCCGGCAAGGCCCUGGUCAUCAACACGGAGAGUCUGAUCGGCACCAUUCAGGUCCUCAGCGUCGCCGGCAGCGCCGCCAAAGCCGCCCAGGUGAUGAGCAUCACCACCGGCGUCAUGUCCGGUCUCUUCCUGGCGCUCGAUGUCUUCUUCCUGGCGAAGGACUCGGUGGAACUGAGGAAAGGCGCGAAGACGGACUUUGCAGCAAAGAUCCGAGAAGUUUGCAAAGACCUGCAGGACGGACUGCUCCAGCUGAACAACAUCAAGGAGCAGCUGCAGAAGACCAUGGACGGGAUCGAGGUGGAGGUGGACGAAGAGGACGAAGAGCAGCUGAAGUCCGAUCUGAAGAAACUCCUGGAGCUCGACGACUGAAGUCAUGAUGACGGAAAUCCAACCCGAAGUUUCAAAAAUAGUGUCAAGCCAAAAAUGACGUUUAAGCAGAAAACGGCCUCGUAGGUUUUAUAAUAAUUCCAUAACUGUACCAAACCUGCCGUGUUAUGACGAGGGUUUUUAAGUAGCUGCUUUGUAGGACUGUAUUUCAAAUAUUUAUUUUUUACAGAAGUUAGUUUAAUUAUUAAACUAGGUUACCAUAUUGUCAUUGUGAUUAUUUAAUGACUGUUUCUUUGUAAUUAAAAUGUUUCUAACUUA